GUGCCCCGCACAGCCAUGGCCGCGGGCGUGUCCGCGGCUGCGCGAAGCCGACCGGCGCGGGUGCGCGCGCAGCGCAGGCGCACUUCCGCUCCUAUCGCGGUGGCUGUGGCGGUGGCGGCGGCAGCGGCAGCGGCGGCGCGGGGCAUGGUCCCCGGGUCGGAGGGCCCGGCCCGCGCCGGGGGCCUGGUGGCCGACGUGGUGUUUGUGAUCGAGGGGACGGCCAACCUGGGGCCCUACUUCGAGGGGCUCCGCAAGCACUACCUGCUCCCGGCCAUCGAGUAUUUUAACGGUGGUCCUCCUGCCGAGACGGACUUCGGGGGAGACUAUGGGGGGACCCAGUACAGCCUCGUGGUGUUCAACACGGUGGACUGCGCUCCCGAGUCCUACGUCCAGUGUCACGCUCCCACCAGCAGCGCCUAUGAGUUUGUCACCUGGCUCGAUGGCAUUAAGUUCAUGGGCGGGGGCGGCGAGAGCUGCAGCCUCAUUGCCGAAGGCCUCAGCACGGCCCUGCAGCUGUUCGACGACUUCAAGAAGAUGCGUGAGCAGAUGGCCCCUGUGGCUGCCUGCUCCACAUCUGUCCUUGUCCCUGGCAGCGGCCAGACACACCGCGUCUGCCUCCUUAUCUGUAACUCGCCCCCGUACCUGCUUCCCGCUGUCGAGAGCACCACGUACUCUGGGUACACGACGGAGAGUCUCGUGCAGAAGAUUGGGGAGCAAGGCAUCCACUUCUCCAUCGUGUCUCCCCGGAAGCUGCCCGCCCUGCGGCUCUUGUUCGAAAAGGCGGCUCCCCCAGCCAUGCUGGAGCCGCUGCAGCCACCAACAGACGUGAGCCAGGACCCGCGGCACAUGGUGCUGGUGCGGGGGCUCGUGCUGCCCGUUGGGGGCGGCUCGGCCCCAGGCCCCCUCCAGGCGAAGCAGCCCGUCCCCCUUCCUCCGGCUCCACCCUCAGGCGCCACACUGUCAGCAGCCCCCCAGCAGCCUCUGCCCCCUGUCCCCCAGCAGUAUCAGGUCCCUGGGAACCUGAGCGCGGCUCAAGUGGCCGCCCAGAACGCGGUGGAGGCUGCCAAGAACCAGAAGGCUGGGCUGGGCCCACGCUUCUCGCCCAUCAACCCUCUCCAGCAAGCCGCUCCCGGAGUGGGUCCCCCCUUCAGCCAGACCCCAGCCCCGCCACUGCCCCCAGGGCCCCCUGGUGCCCCCAAGCCGCCCCCCGCUUCUCAGCCCAGCCUGGUCUCCACGGUGGCCCCUGGCCCAGGCCUGGCUCCUGCUGCACAGCCUGGGGCCCCCUCCAUGGCGGGCACGGUAGCCCCAGGUGGGGUGAGCGGCCCUUCCCCGGCCCAGCUGGGCGCCCCAGCCCUCGGUGGGCAGCAGUCAGUCUCUAACAAAGUCCUGGCCUGGAGCGGAGUCCUCGAGUGGCAGGAGAAGCCCAAACCCGCCUCCGUGGACGCCAACACCAAGCUGACGCGCUCACUGCCCUGCCAGGUCUACGUGAACCACGGCGAGAACCUGAAGACCGAGCAGUGGCCCCAGAAGCUGAUCAUGCAGCUCAUCCCGCAGCAGCUGCUGACCACGCUGGGCCCGUUGUUCCGGAACUCAAGGAUGGUCCAGUUCCACUUCACCAACAAGGACCUAGAGUCCCUCAAAGGCCUCUAUCGCAUCAUGGGCAACGGCUUCGCGGGCUGCGUGCACUUCCCCCACACGGCCCCGUGCGAGGUGCGCGUGCUCAUGCUGCUGUACUCGUCCAAGAAGAAGAUCUUCAUGGGCCUCAUUCCCUAUGACCAGAGCGGCUUUGUCAACGGCAUCCGGCAGGUCAUCACCAACCACAAGCAAGUCCAGCAGCAGAAGCUGGAGCAGCAGCGGGGGAUGGGGGCACAGCAGGCGCCUCCGGGCCUGGGCCCCAUUCUGGAGGACCAGGCAAGGCCCUCGCAGAACCUGCUCCAGCUCCGCCCACCACAGCCCCAGCCUCAGGGCACUGUGGGAGCUUCUGCGGCCACCGGGCAGCCCCAGCCCCAAGGUGCUGCCCAGGCCCCCCCUGGCGCCCCCCAAGGCCCUCCUGGAGCGGCCCCCGGCCCGCCCCCUCCUGGACCCAUCCUCCGGCCCCAGAACCCCGGGGCCAACCCCCAGCUGCGGAGCCUCCUCCUCAACCCACCGCCGCCGCAGACCGGGGUGCCCCCACCCCAGGCCUCCCUCCACCACCUCCAACCGCCAGGGGCGCCUGCACUGCUGCCCCCACCACACCAGGGCCUGGGGCAGCCCCAGCUGGGGCCCCCGCUCCUGCACCCGCCUCCCGCCCAGUCCUGGCCUGCACAGCUUCCCCCACGGGCUCCACUGCCAGCGGCAAAACGCAAGAGAGAACGAGAGGGCCACGUGUUUCGAGAAAAGUGGGAGCGAGCCUAUUUCUUUGUGGAAGUGAAGAGCAUGCCAACGUGUUUAAUAUGCAAAAAAAUCGUGUCUGUGUUGAAAGAAUACAACCUGAGACGUCAUUACGAAUCCAAGCAUAGUAAGAGCUUCGACCAGUACACGGAGCAGACACGAGAGGCGAUACUCAACGAACUGAAAAAGGGCCUCAAGUGUCAGCCCCCCCCGGCCCGGCUGUGGUACGCGCCGGCCACGCCCCCAGCGGACGGCGUUGGUGGGCCCGAGCUUCACGCGGGCAUCCCUGGUCUUUACGCUCGGGAUGAGAUGGCUUUCGAGUCCUGCACGCUCAGCCUGCCGUCCCAGCUAAGCGGACCACGGCCUCUGGGUGGGAGGAGUAUGGAGGUGGUGGCAGGAAAAGGAUGUGGGGGUCAACCACGUGGGGUCUUGACCCCUAGGACGAGGAGCUUAGAUCUGGUCCCGGGAGUUCUGAGUGGACGAUUUGGGUCUGAGCAUGGGGAUGGGGGUGUGGGGGACAGCCUGUCCUUGUGCGUCCCCCAGCCUCAGUUUCCCCACCCCCCUCUGCUGCAGCAAGGUGCUCGGGUCUUCGGGGCCCUGGGUCCCAUCGGGCCCUCCUCACCCGGGCUCACCCUCGGGGGCCUGGCUGUAGGCGAACACCGGCUGAGCAACAAGCUGCUGGCCUGGAGCGGCGUCCUCGAGUGGCAGGAGAAGCGCAGACCCUACUCGGACUCCACAGCGAAGCUGAAGCGGGCCCUGCCCUGCCAGGCCUACGUGAACCAGGGCGAGAACCUGGAGACUGACCAGUGGCCCCAGAAGCUGAUCAUGCAGCUCAUCCCCCAGCAGCUGCUGACGACCCUGGGCCCCCUGUUCCGCAACUCGCAGCUGGCGCAGUUCCACUUCACCAACAGAGACUGCGACUCCCUCAAGGGGCUCUGCCGCAUCAUGGGCAACGGCUUCGCGGGCUGCAUGCUCUUCCCUCACAUCUCCCCAUGCGAGGUGCGCGUGCUCAUGCUGCUGUACUCGUCUAAGAAGAAGAUUUUCAUGGGCCUCAUCCCCUACGACCAGAGCGGCUUCGUCAACGCCAUCCGGCAGGUCAUCACCACCCGCAAACAGGCAGUGGGACCUGGUGGCGUUGCCGGCCCAGUCCAGAUCGUCAACAACAAGUUCCUGGCUUGGAGUGGAGUCAUGGAGUGGCAGGAGCCCAGACCUGAGCCCAACAGUCGGUCGAAGAGGUGGCUGCCGUCGCACGUCUACGUGAACCAAGGGGAGAUCCUGAGGACUGAGCAGUGGCCGAGGAAGCUGUACAUGCAGCUCAUCCCACAGCAGCUGCUGACCACCCUGGUGCCGCUGUUCCGGAACUCGCGCCUGGUGCAGUUCCACUUCACCAAGGACCUGGAGACACUCAAGAGCCUGUGCCGCAUCAUGGACAACGGCUUUGCGGGCUGCGUGCACUUCUCCUACAAGGCGGCAUGCGAGGUGCGCGUGCUCAUGCUGCUCUACUCGUCCGAGAAGAAGAUCUUCAUCGGCCUCAUCCCCCACGACCAGGGCACCUUCGUCAGUGGCAUCCGGCGUGUCAUCGCCAACCAGCAGCAGGUCCUGCAGCGGAACCUGGAGCAGGAGCAGCAGCAGCGAGGGAUGGGGGGGUAGUGGCCGCCCCCGGGCUGGGCCCCUCCAGGAGUCACAGACGAGGCCCCUGCCAAGACUGGUCAGAUGCUUCUGAGCGGGGGCCCCUGGGGACUGCAACUGCCCAGCGAGAUGGAGGACAGAGUCCUGAGAUGUCUCCGAGGACGGUCCCCACCCCUUUACGUUCCCUAAUAAAGUCUUUUAAAAGCC